AUGAAAGUGUAUAGGUCAGAAACAGGAAUACAGAUUAAAUGUACCAAUACCAGUGAUAUCCAGUCUUUAUCUGAACUGAAGGAGACCAUAGAAAAUGCUUGUGGAGUGCCUAUCGAAAAUCAAGUGUUGAUGACAAGCUUAGGCAUCCAAGUGAGGGAUACCAACCUAAGCCAUGUCGUUAAAUCUCAAGGCAGCGAUGAAUCAAUUGUGUUAUGCUACGAUACCAGAUGCUACAAUACUGAAGCAGAGGAGAAUAUACAGGCUGUGUUGGAAGAAGAAAUACCAGUGUUGGAGCGCCAGAUACUUCCAAUUGACGGCACCUCAUUGACCAAGCAGUUCAAAAAGUCCAUUAAAACGCUACCAACAAAUGACGCUUGCAAGGAAUCCUUGAAACUAUUCAACGCCAUUGAUCAUUACAGCAGGUCAUUGAUAGAUACUGCAACUACGCAUUUCGAGCUGUCUGGCAGAAUACUGAAUGAGCAUGAAAUACAGCAAAGCGCUCUUAAUGUGGCAAUGAAGAACCUGGAAACGCACUCAAGUCCCACCAAAACCAGGCUCUUUCUCUAUCUUCGCCGAGCAGAGCAAGUCUUGAACAAACAACGACCUACUCUUGCCAAUGUGGAUCGAGACUUGCUGAUAUUAAGCAAAAUUAAAAUACAUGAUUCCGUUAGAAAUGUCUUGAUCCCCGACGACCACUCCAAGCAAUACUUGAUUGACUUUGUGGACAAGCAGAAUAUCAUGCAAACCAAAUCAGCCACUGCACAACUAUGCGAUCGUCUAUCAGAAGGCACUGCUGAGAUGAGGAGCUUUUUUGACCAGAUCAACACGGAUACCAGCUAUUUGAAAGAGAGAGUGCAAGAUAGCAUCAACAUGUACACUCUGCGUGAAAUAUUUGCAGACAUCAAGGUUUAUAUGAAAAGCCUCAAAGAGAAACGAAGCAAAAUGAAGCGAGAUUUACAGCGCGCCUAUGAAAAGCUCUCGCUGAUCAGCGAUACACCCAUAUCCGCACAGUUCAGCUCGUUAGCAUUGGAUGAGUCUCGACUUGGCGACUCGACCGCACUCUCAAACGACGGAUCCAGCAUGCCCCCUACAGCAUCAUUCGCCGCACCCGCUAGGAAAAGCACCAAAACCCCAUCCUCGACAAAAGUGUUUGAUUCGUUUCUACAUUUCGCAGCCAUCAACAUCAAGGAAUCACUACCUGAAAUGGCUCAAUACGAACUAGCUGUGCGACAACGGACAGAGCAAUUGUUGACCUCUAAAAAGAAGGCAAUCGCGGUUUUCAUCAGCUGCAUGAAAAUCAUAUCCAACUUUCAGAUGAUGCUUCAUGAGGCGAAUAUCGAUCUCGACAGCCACAAUAAACACAUGGAUGACUUUCGCAAAAGGCACAAGGGCAAUGAUUUGCAGAUACUACCACAAAUUGUGUUUGCAUACGGUGCCAUUAUGAUUGAAAUACUUCGCAGAAGAGAAUACACAAAUCUCCUUGUCACCAAUUCUACAUUGAUAGGCGAUGUUCUUGGUCAAUAUCGAGCCUCUGAAGAAAGCCGUAGAGAGUACUUUAGACAGAGAGUGAUCAAAGACAUACCAUUCAAGCUUGCAAUGUCUGAAAUCGACAGAGCAUCCCCACAGUCAGAAAUUUCAGUCAACGGCAAUGACAGCAAUACCCAGCUUGACAUUGGUAUAGAAGAUAUCACUCAGUUCAUUUCCGUUGUUCAGCAUCUCUACGUGGAUACGCCGCUUAUUGCUAGCGGUUCUCGGACACUGGAUAGUCCUAGUGGCAGCAGCAGUGAUCAGAGUGACUCGAGUGGAUCGCCUAGAAAGACGGAACAGAACAAACCCCUCUUUAUCGUUCUAAGCACCAUGAAACAAGAGUUGGAUAAUAUGAAACUGCAGUGGAUGGCUUCCGUUCGGGAUCACUUGUUUGAUGGCAAUGACUUUAUUCGCCUAGAGGAAAUGCAAGGUUCCGUGUCAGCAAUGAAGCGUGAGGAGAUCAAGCAAUCCAUGCUGGACAUCGACACAGUGGAUAUCAGAUCCUCGAAAGUGACAUCGCCGACUUCAUCCAUAUAUCAACUGAUUGGGAACGACAAGAAUUUAUUGGAGGAAAAUGAGAAGCUGAAACGAGAGAUUGAACAGCUGAAGCGAGAAAGAGAAUCAAUUCAAAUUGAACGGAACAGGAGCAACGAGGAAUUGACAGCUGCAAGAGCUGAGCUGGAUGUCGCUAAAGAGGAGAUGGAUCGCUUAGAACAAGAUGGCUUGGAUCAGACUGAGGAGAUUGCUCAAUUGAAGGAUGUGAUCAAGACUCUUGAGAGCGAAAAGGAAGAUCUCGAGUCAGCUAAGCGAAGCUUUUUGAAUGAAAUCAAGAACAAGGACAAGUCUGCAGACUUUAGAAUUGCAAGCGCAGAGGAAGAUUUCAAUGCCAAGUUGGCUGAUUUGCAGUACACACUAGAAGAAGAGAAGCGAAUGAAAAAGAAUCUUGAAAUUGAGCAUGCCUCAGAACUCAACUCUAUUUCCAUUGACCACCAAAAGAAGAUUGACCAAUUGAAUGCUCUGCUUGAAGAAGAGAAGCGCUUAAAGAGAAGCCUCGAGGAGGAUAUCAGCUCCUUGCUAUCACACCACAAGGAACAGGUCGAUCAACUCAAUGCCCACAUUGAACAAGAAAAGCAAAAUGCAAUUGAUGGCAAGCAUCAACAGCUAGAGUUGCAACGUCGUUUCGACCAACUCUGUGAAAAUAUGGAUUCCGUCAAGGAAAAGCUGGAAACAGAACGCGCUUUACAUGAGGAGCAGUUGAGCAACCUGCACGCAGAUAUGGAAGCCAAGGACCGCGCUACCCAACAGAUCAAGGAGCUGCAAGAGCAAACCCGAUCCAUGGUGAAGCAGUGUCAAGAUGACUGGUAUGCCAAGAACGAAGAGCUCAAAAUCAUCAAGGAAGAGCAGCAGGCGAUCGAUGAUGCAGUGAGAAAGCUCCUCAAGCGAUUCAGACCAAACGAUCAAGAUCUACAGCUGAUGAGUCUAGAUGGUUAUGUGGAUUUGUUCAGAGAGAACUUGGAGGGCUUCGAAAAGGAGUAUAGCCUCAAUAAAGACAACUUGGACGCAGCUACGCAAGAGCUAGCAGACGUGACAGAAGGCUAUUCCAAUCUCAUUGAUAAGCACAACGAAUGGCGGUCGAUUGCCAGUCGAAUGGCAGACAAACUUGAAGAGUUUAGAAAGAAUGUCAUUUUUGAAAUUGUCACACAACUGCAAAUGCCCAUGGAUAAGGAUGAAUUGAUUGCUCUCACCACAAUGGUUACUCCAAGCGACGAUGAUGCUGCAAUCUGGAAUGAAGUACUGAAACUCUCCUCUGGUGUCAAUACUCAAAAGUUUGUGUUUAGCGUGGUCAAGUAUGUCCGCGAUACGUACAAUCAGGCUAAACAGUUCAAGAAGGAGUACCGUGUUAUCAAAGAUAAAUACGAUUCCUUGAUCCGAGAGCACACUGAGAGAAUUGCAUUUAAAAACUUCAAAGUAGGAGACUUGACAUUGUUACUGCCCACAAGAAACUCGACAGGUAAGCCCUGGGCAGCCUUCAACAUCAAUGCUCCUCAUUACUUUUUGAAGAGCACUGAUAAUAUUGCGGCUCAAAUGCAAAGCAGAGAAUGGAUUGUGGCUAGAAUUGUCUCAAUAACUGAAUACGUGGCAGAUGAGACAGUUCCUGGAUCAAACCCGUAUGGACUUGCUAAUGGUGUUACCUAUCGUUUGAUCGAAGUCGAGAACUGGCGCAACAAUAAGCAGCAUCCCAGCAAAAGGAGACAUGUGUCGUCCAAUGACUCUGGCUUAGCAUCUAUUACAGUUCCUCGUGAUAUCGCCAGUAACAAUAGAGCAUCAGUGAAUGCUGCUAGUUCAGUUCAUAGCUACAGUACCAAAUAA